AUUUGAUUUUUAUAAUCAUAAUCAUCCACAUUCAAUCCACGACUGCUGUCGGUACAUGUAGUCAUUUUCAUUUUCUUUUGUUUCCAUUUUUCUUUUCUUUCUUUCUUCUUCGGAUUGAUUUUUGUUAACCAUGUUGAUGGCCAUCGAUUGAAAUUAAAUCAUAUACUCGUGAUCGUAAUUCUAAUUCAUCAACAACAACAAAAAAAGAUUUUUUUAAAAAAAAGUUUCAUCAAUCAAUCAGAAAAAAAUGACAACAAACAACAGUGAUGGUGCGGCAACAAAUGCUGGUGAAUCGAUCGAUUCUCAUCAUCAAGAACUUCAACUACCAAAAAGACUUCGUUCGGAAACAAUAUUAAGUUCAAAAGAAGUUAUUUGUGGUAUCGGGGCAUUUCGUCCACAAUGGAUGCAACCAUUUGCAUCGGCAAAUUUUUUUGUCAUCAAUUUUUCUAUUCUGGCCAUUCUGCAGGGUGCAUUAUUCACUUAUAUGGUCGGUAUUAUAUCAACAUUAGAAAAACGUUAUGCAUUUGAAACAAAAGUUAGUGGUUUCAUAUUGAUUGCCGAUAAUCUAAGUCAAAUGAUUGUUAGUCCAAUUGUUGGAUAUCUUGGCUCGAAAUAUAAUCGUUCACGUUUAAUUGCUGUUGGUGAAUUAAUUGUUGGACUUUCAUGUUUUCUAAGUGCUACACCAUAUUUUAUAUACGGUACAGCAGCACAUCUUGAUUCACAGAUUUUAAAUCGAACAUCUGUAACAAAUUCCGAAAUGUGUAUAGCCGGCAAAGAUAGUAGAUAUUGUGAACAUCAUGAAGGACAUUCAACUGUCAUAUUGGCUGUUGUUCUUUUAUGGCUGGCAUGUUGUUUAAAUGGAUUAGGUUAUACAGCAUUCUAUACAAUUGGAUUACCUCAUAUUGAUGAUAAUAUUAAAAAGAAAAAUUCACCAGUUUAUUUAAGCAGUAUAUCGACUAUUCGUUUAUUGGGACCAACAUUAGGAUUUGUAUUGUCAUCGAUUUGUCUUCAAUUCUAUGAAAAUCCAUUGAGUAAGUUUCAUUUUUUUCUUGUUUUAAUAAAAUUUAACUAAAAAAAUUAUUUUCAAGUGCCACCAUCGUUCAAUAAUCAUGAUCCACGUUGGAUUGGAGCCUGGUGGAUUGGUUUUCUUAUUCUUGGCACACUUAUUCUAUUAUUUACAUUUCCAAUGUUUUUAUUUCCAAAAACAUUUACCAAAAAAGAGCCUAUUACUACAGCAGAAAAAAAUUCUGAUAGUAAAAAUCAAACCGAUAAUGAUAAAGCUUUAACAACAACAACACCAACACCAGCACCUACCUCAGAAAAUAUUUCCAAUAUUCAAGAUGCACGAAAAGCUUUUGUACGAUUUUCAAAAAAUUCAUUACUUAUCUGUCAUAUUUGUAGCGGUGUAUUUCGUGUUAUUGGUUAUCUUGGUUAUUAUAUUGUCAAGCCAAAAUAUAUUGAACUACAAUACAGGCAAUCAGCAUCAAGUGCUUCAUUUUUUACAGGUGCUGCAUCUGUUUUGACAAUGGCUAUUGGAACAAUGGCCGGUGGUAUAAUCAUACGAAGAUUUCGUCCAAAUGCACGUAGUAUAGCUAUUUUUGUUGUUUUAGUUGAAUUAUUAUCAUCAUUAGCUAUAUUUGGUGGAAUGUUUUUGCAAUGUCCAACACCACAAUUUUUCGGAUUAGAACAAUUAAAUCCAAGUUUAUCGAUGAAUCCAUAUGGAUUAAAUCAACAUGAUUAUCGUUGUAAUCGUGAUUGUGGCUGUACAGGGGAAAUAUAUCAACCAAUCUGUAUCAAAGAUGGUAAUACAAAUUUUUUUUCACCUUGUUAUGCUGGUUGUAAAACAUCGUUUCAUUUACCUGGUCAUGAAGUUGUGACAUUUCAUAAUUGUAGCUGUGUACCACAACCGCAAGUAACUACAUCCGGUCUUUGUCAAACCGAUUGUAAUCGUUUUCCAAUGUAUAUUACAUUGAUUGCAUUAUCAAAUACAAUUGCAUCGACAGCUAGAACUGGUGAUACACUUAUAACAUUAAGAUCAGUCGAUCCACAGGAUAAAAGUUUUGCUAUGGGUAUUAUGGGUACAAUAUUCGCUGUGUUUGCUUUCAUUCCGUAUCCAUUAAUUUUCGGUGCAAUUAUUGAUUCAACAUGUAUAAUUUGGGAAAAAUCCUGUGGUAAAACGGGAAAUUGUUGGUUAUAUGAUCUGGAUAAAUAUCGUAUCUAUAUGCAUAUGGCAGCAUUUUCAUUUUUAAUGGUCGGUGUUAUACUUGAAUGUGGUACUAUUUAUCUGGCUGGACGUAUUAAAAAUCUUUACGAUGACGAAGAUGAUGAACAAACAAUGGAAAUGAAAUCGGUAGAACCACCACCACCACCACCAGCACCAGAAACAACACAACCUCAAUCACAGCCAACUAUUACAGUGACCAAUUCAUCAAACGAUGGUACAAAACCAUCCAAAUAAUUCUCAUUUCUUUUCUUUUUCUUUUUUGUUCCGUCCAUUAUCAUUAAUAAUACCCUCCAUUUUCAAGCGAUUGUUUUAUCGAGACACAAUCAUUUUUAAUCACACAUAUAAAUACUCAGAAAUGACAAAUGAUUUAUUUAAAAAAAAAA